UUAGCGUGACGCUGCGUCACUGGCAUGGCGACAAUCUGCGAUAAUCCGUUGGCAAAGUGCCGCUCAGCGCGCCUUUUGCUACGCGAUUUUUUCAUACUCUUGCUUCUUAUUGCGUUUUUGCGGUAAGAAGACUAGUUGCGAAGUUGCGAUCCAUCGAUCUGUUUAAAUGUGAUUACGAGAUAGGAAGUUGCUUACCAUUCUUUGCCGUGUUACCUGAACGCGGACUGCUCAACAUGGAUUUGUCAGACAGUAUUGAUAAAUCAUGGGAUUAUCCGUGGACUACCGAGGAGAUGAGGAGAAAGAGGAGGGAGUGGAGUCUGGCAGGUGACGUCGGGCUUCUUAAACAUCUUCAGCAAUUUUCUGAAAACUUGGUAUCUAAGGCCAGCAAGACUCAAGCUGCUUUGGACACAUUGACGACGCAGUUAAAGGAAACAGGAAUAUUAGUGGAUAAUGUUACCAAUACAUCCUUGGCUUUGGCAAAUACUCAAUUUAUUGAGAGUCGUGUACAGGAGGAUGAUAUAGAGAUUAAAGAGAGUUCUGUGAAGCAGGAAGAUGCAAAGACUCAGGACUCGGCACCAGAAAAUGUUUUAGCUAGCAUAGGUGAGAGUAUUAAACAAGGUUUAAACAUAAUGGAUGAAAAGUACAAAGUAAUGGACGUGGCUUGCAGCGACAGCGAGGAGGAAGACGAGGGUGAUGCUGUAGUGUUCAGUGUCAUUGUGGGACCCAAUGAUCCAUAUCAAGAUCGACCCUUACCAUACGUUAUCGGUUCUGAUAAAUGGAUAGCGUCGAAUAAGAUAGGUUUAGAGAGCAGCAGUAGCGAAUCUGAACAAGUUGAUGAGAGGGAGGAAUCAGAAAGCGAGAAAGAGGAUGCAGGUGUGCGAAAGAUGUUCAAUAGCCGACAUAAUCCAGAGAUAAAUAUAGCAAGAUUGUCGUCGUCAUCCUCCAGCGAUUUGGAUAAUUACAAUGACCACAGCAAUAACAUAUCUUAUGGGAUUAACAAAGAUAUUAUAUCUCAGAAUAAUAUAAAUUCUGCUUCAGAAUCUGCUACACCUAAUAAUAUAUCAAAGACAUCGAAUGAAGCAACGCCCAAUUUUGCAGAAGAGUUAGCCAAACGAUUAGGUACUGUCCGUCAAGCACAAAAGCCUACCGCUGUGGAUGAAACAAGUGAAUCGUCGAUUAAUCGGUUUAAAGAUGAUCUAUUUACGUCUGAAAAGAAUGAAGAUGUUUUUAACGGUUCUGACAAUUUAUUUAGUGAUAAGAAUCUCUUUGACGAUCAAGUGUCUGCAAAUUUGUGGAAAGAUAAGCCAAUCAAAUCUUACAAGAAUAGUAAUAUUAUACCAGCUAGUAUCGAUGUGCCACCGCCUAUUAGUAUAGUUUCUACAAAACCAAAGUCAGCAAUCGAUGAUUUGUUCGCCGAAGUCGAUUCAGAUGAAGACCCGAAUGACAUUUUCUCAUCAAAGAGUAUCAAGAAACGCAUGAAAGAACCCAUAACGAGCGACAACGUUCCUGCGAGCAUAGAGGAGGCGCCGAAAAAAUUUUUGAAUAUUAUAGAUACCGAUAACAUCGCUACGAGUACACCGGAAUCUAAUGUUAAUGCCACGAGCCUGUUUAGCGAUGAGGAAAACGAUGAUACGGAUCUAUUUGGCAACUCCAAGAAGCAACAUCAUAAAUUUGGGAAUGCAUCAUCGUCUACAAAUAAGACUCAGGAAUCUAGUAAAAAGAAACCUGUCGGAGGCGAGUGGAUACUCGGCAAUGUUUUGGCAUCAGACAUCGAGAGUAAACUGUCGAGUCGGAUAAUGCAACGGCGACAAGAGUCAUCCGAAUCGUCUGAUAGCGACGUGCCAGGAAAUUCUGAUAGUGCGAUAAGAAGCAAUGUUGAGUCUGCAUCUGCAACCAUGAAUCGUAGUUCGCAGAAUCCCGCGGAGAAUAUAUCAGCGAUUAUUGGAAACACUACCAGCAGCAGCGGAAUAUCAACGCAGCCGCUCAGCAUCGAUAACACAGCCGGAUCCGGUUUGUGGGUGAAUUUCCAGCCAGAGAUAACCUCGACGAGACUCAAGUCAGACGAGAUUUAUCGCGAGCAUGUUACCAGUGACAGUCUGUUCACGGCACGAACGCGCCAUCCCGUCAACUCUAAUUCGGCAAAUGCCAACAGUGAUAAUCAGCAGCAGCAACAGCAAUUAGGACAGGAGCAAUCGGAUACCUCAUCGGCAUUGUUACAAGACGACGUGUUCGAGAACGACGAUCUGUUCGGACCACCGCCGUUGCCCAACAAGUCGGACUCAAAGCGAACGAACAAAUCGAAGGUCUCGUCACUUUUCGACGACUCCGAUUCCGGCGAUGAACUUUUCUCUGCCGCAAGCUCUGGCUCCAGAUCGCAGAAGAGCACGGAUUUCCAUGUUACAGUGAGCGACCGGACGAAACCAGUCUCAAAAAGUUGCGGUCUGUUCGACGACAACGUGGAUAUAUUUGGCGGCAAAGACGCUCCGGACGUCGAUAUAUUUGGAGUGGUGUCGAAAUCGAGCUCGACGGACGCGACUCCGAAUGAUUUAGAUUCGAUAGCGUCGAAGAGUAACAACGAUAAUUCACUAAAGACAAGGAUGGAGUCAAGGAAGAUUACUUUAUUUGACGACGACGACGAUGAUGGCGACUUAUUUGGCACGAAGCCGACAAAGUCCAAAAACGAAUGUAAGACUGAUCUCUUUGAGGGCGAGAAUGAUGAUCUGUUUUUAUCGGCCAAGACUUUCUCGAUAGAUAAAAACGUAACAGUUGAACCAAAGAUCGAUGUCUCCAAGAACGUCUCUAGUUCCGAAGUUGAAAAGGAAAACAGAAAUGAACCUCCGGAUUAUCUGGAUAACUUAUUUUCGAAAACCACGAGGCCCCGUAGUCUUCUAUUUGAAGACGACGAUUACGACGAUCUUUUUAGUAAGAAAGGAACAGCGUCACGUGAAGACGACCGAUCGAAAACCAAAAAAGAAGUCCGGAAAGAUGUUGUAGAGCAGACUCAGAAAUUUUCUGAAGAAAAUAAAAUCCCGCUGGAGUCAUCAAAUUUAAAACGUGACGUCAAGACAACCGCAGAGUUAAGUGUCGCUGCGAAUAAUGACGUACACGAAGAGGAAAAUGAAACUGAAAUUAAGGAAACUUCUUCCAAUAUCGAGGAAGACGGUAUGGCAAAAAAGAGUUCUCCCCCGAAAACAUUGAAUAUCCGGACGAUCUCGCCACCCUCCGAGGAACAUGGCAAUCAGCAGGCACCCCGACGAUUGGUAUCUGGUAAGAUCAAGAAUCUAAUGGGAAAGAUGGGUGAUUUGAAAAUACUUUCGCCAAUGGAUACACCGUCAUUGUGGAGGAGGAGCGAGGAUAAGACAGAUGAGGACGAAGACGUUGUGGAUCGGGAUAGCGGAGAUCUGGGCAUCAGUGGUCACGUUUCACCUCCAAGCGUAUCAGAAGGCAGUACAAGGAAGGAAUCAUCUUACUCGACAAUUUCCACAGCUAGCAACGUAGAAGUGGCCAUAAAUUUUGAUGAUCUGGCUCAAGUAGAAACAUUAUCCACGACUGCAUCCAAGAGUCGAGUGAGAAUUCAAGCGAAACGCCGUCCUCAGAGCCGACAUGCUCGAAAAUCUGCGCUACGACACAGCGGUAUCGACUUCGAUACGGUUGAUAAUGUGGAUAACGAUAACUCUCAAGAGGAGAGUCACACUAGUACUUGCUCAUAUAGCAAGGACCUGUCUAUCGUUCCGACGAUCAGUGCCUCCGAUCGCUUGAUCGCCAAUGAUAAUGUUCAACGCUCGACAGUCGAUCCUUCUUUCAUGGAUGACAGAUCCGAAUUAGGUAGCAUUAGCAAGGAGAGCUCGAUGAGCGUAAACAAGAACACUCUUCUAUCGCCAUCUACCGACGAGGAAGACUUGUUUGAUGUGCCACCAGAUUUGCCGGAGGAUCCACAGAAGGAAGAUACAUUAUUUGGCAGAGCACCGAUACUCUCACCGGUUGAUAGCGGGCAAUCUGAUAGAACGCCCGUUGCUGUCGAAUCUUUAAUAGAUACUGCGAUCAGAAAGGUUGACGACAUUGAUACCGACGUGAAUGUGAUAAAUAAUGAAAGUGAUAAACAAAAUUCUGGUGAAUUGGCAUCCAAUGUCGAUAUCAAAUCAGAUACAUUGAAGAGUAUUAAAAAGAAGAAUGAUAAGAAAGAGGAUAAUGAGCGAGAUGAGAUGAGAAGAGCAUCUAGCGAGGAGCUGAGCGAUCCUCUGCGCGACAGCACCCACGAUCCGUUAAAGGAUCCUAGUCAGUUGUUUGCGUUUGUCACGAAGACGCCAUCACCAGAGAAAAAUAAAGGAUUGCUAUUUUCUGAGCCGGACGACAGUCUUUUCUCCAGUAGUUCGACGAAAAAGUCAAAUGAACCGAAGAGGGAGACUUUAGAUCUAUUUGCGGACGAUGACAUAGGUGGUGAUCUAUUUUCUGCAGCGCCGUUGAAAAGGACGGUGAAAAAGCCGUUGCGCGAUACGAAAAUUGGUCUCUUUGGCGAUGAUGACGAUGCACGAAAUGGCGAUGAUGAUAACCUCUUUGGUAGCGUGUCCAAAACAAAGCUGGAUAGUCAAUCAUCAAAUCCUGCUUUAGCUGGGCGAAAAAAGAACAAUAUUUUCGAUGACGAUGAUGACGAAGAUUCCAGUUUGUUUGUCGAAUCGUCCGGGCAAUCAGAAAAGUCGGAUAAUGCAUCGUUCUCGGAGCCUAAACACGAUUCUCAAGUUGACUCUCAAAUCAAGAGCUCAAACUUGAAAGAUAUUUUCGGCAACGCGUGCAACGACGAUGAUGACGACGUUGAUCUUUUCACUACGAAGAAAGUUGUUCCUAAGAAAGUCGUUACGUCGUCUAAGUCCUUGUUCGCGUCGAACGACGAUAACGACGAUGAUGACGGUCAUAUUUUCGACAAACAACUACUCGCAUCGACGGAGUCAAUGGCAAGGACGACAACGGUUACGCCGAGUUCAAGAUUGGUCGUGAAAAAACCAGUCACCAGGGACCUGAAAAAAACGGCCGAGAAGAUCAUCGAGGAUCCACUGAGCCUCCUUCAAGACGAUUAAUUCAAUUUCUAUGAGAUUUUCUGUUAGCCACACAUCGCUUAUCCACAAAAGUUUAGAUAAGCAUGUCUAGGUAAGUAAACACAAUACCGAAUAAAGUACAAAAAUCAGAUAAGAAACUCAUUUUUCAAGUUCUGCCAUUUUUUCAAGAACUGCUCAUUACAAUAUGUAUGCGUGCGUAUGUAAUUAAAAUUAAUUUAAUAUGCUAAAACACGGCCAUUAAAUUUUCUCAGUAUAAUAUUCAAUUUUCAUAUAAGACUUGUAAUAGAAUAAGCAUAUGUAACUUUAAAUAAUUUACUUUUUUAAAAUGUCUUAAUUUUUAUAUUUAAGAGGAAACAUCAGUUCUGAGUUCUAAAAAUAAUACUAAACUUCGAUAAUGUAUUGUAGUAAAAUAAUUCAAUUAAAUUUUUUCAAGAAACUUUAUUUUGAAUGAAGAAUGAAUUUUCAAGAGUAAAAUAAAUUUUAAAAAAAUUUUUAUUGCAUCAAAUAGUGGCGUUAUAGCAGUAACAUCGAGCCUUCUUUUGACAUGUGCACAUAUGAUGCACAUGAAAUCUCUCAGAUCUUUUGCCUAAAAAAAAAUCGAAAAUUUUUGGUCUCAAAUUAUUGUGUACACCGAUUUUAAAAAUAUUAUUUUGAGAAAAAUGCGCUUAAAAUUUUUGAGUAUUGAUUGUUUUGUUUAUAAAAUUAUAAAUUGAAAUUUUUCCUUAAAAAUCUGCAAUGUCUGUACCGUAGUUAUCACUUCAGUUUUUGACUUUGUUAACUUCUUUUUUGGCCGUUUUUAAAGCCUUUCAAAGCUUCGCGAUGUCUAUCAGUGAGCAAUAAAAAUUUAUUCAAUUUUUUGAAACCUCAAGGUUUGAUGUCUCUUCUUAAUGUGUUAAAAAAAAAUAAAGGACUCGAUAUUGAAAUAAAACAAAUAAUACAUUAGGCAAAUGACAGAACUUGGUGCGCAUACAAUUUACAAUUAUAAUAUAUAUUUUAAUUAAGGCUUCUACUGAUUUGAUCGCCUAGUGUUGACAAUGGCGACUUGAUUUAGUGUAGCGUGUGAUAUGGGAUGUCAAUCCAUACACUAGUUUCGGGUUUGUAAACUGAUUUAUUUAUUUAAUUUAAUUAUAAAGAGGUCUCGGCCUCAUUCGAUUAUAAAGAGGUCUCGGCCUCGUUCUACAAUGAAGAUUUCGAUCUCUAAUUAAAUGUUGAGACUCGGCUCAAUGGCUCGCUCGUUUUGUCCGAAAAACUUUAUCUUACACGGAAGAUUUUUUCGUCUGUCUGCCCUCGGUAGGCUGUCGAUAUAUAUACGGAAAAGCGAAGCCGUGGAAACCCAAUCGGCUCCGCCGGUCCGAACGCAAAUCGCUGGUUGGUCGAACGCUGUGUGCGGUUAUCGCUCGGCGUCGUCGCUCGGCGACGUCUCGUCUAGUGGGCCCACUAUUGUUAAGUUUUUCGAUCGCGACAUUUAGUGCGAUAAAAAAAAUUGCAUUCCAAAUAUCGACACAAAAUAUACACACAUACAAUGUAUGCGUGUAAAAAAGUGAUACAAAAAACCUAAAAUUUUAUCAUGUUAUUUUCCAUUUUAUUGCAAUGUUUUUAUAUUUAAAGUUAUUGUAGUGUUAAAAUAUAUUGAAGAUUUUCAUUUUGAUACAAUUUUUUAUGUGAAAGUCUAGUAGAGAAGGUUUGCAGGAGGAAAGGUAAAACAGGAAAGUGAACGGGGAGUGGAGAAGGAAAGAGUUCAGGUGAAGGGGGAUAAUAUUCAGGAAAUUUAGAAGGAGUUUGACGGUCAGGGAGAAAUAAUAGGGAUCUUCAACGGAGUAGUACUGAACUGGGAUCAGGAUUUGAUACAGAGGUGUAGGAUGGAGAAAAGUAAAGAAGAGUAACACAGGGGAGGGGGAAACAGUGAAAUCAGGAAUUUCUUCCGAAAUAUUUUAUAUUCUCUAUUCUAAAUUUUGCCGGAUGAUGGGGUGACCCAAGGUCGCUGUUUUUAUACUGGCAGUACUUUUGGUUUACUUCGGUUACGACUGUGUCGCUGUGUCUUUGCAUUCCCUUUUUGUCUGAUGAUUCACGCUCCUAGGGAUUAUUUUCUAUGAGGUUGAGUAUUUUUGAGGUUUGAUUCUUUCGAUAUACUUUUGAGCAGGUUAAACGUUUUAUUAUUGAGACUUUGCUGUUAGACCGAUACCGUAAUACGCGAAGACUGUUUGAAAGUCCGAUACUCGCCCGCGCGGAUUACAAGUACACGGAUGUUCCUACAGGAUUACGUGUUAUAGGUUUUCUUUCCUAAGGUCUUUUCGAGUCAUGCCGGUACCGGUAUUGCUCAACCACAAUUUCUCUCUUUGCCUAACUUUUCGGAAUCUUACGCUAUUGGCUACCUAUUUACAUUAUUUUAAACAAUGUAUAUUCGAAAAUGAAGUUUUAAUAAAGUGUACUAAUUGGUUUAGUCCAUAAGCAAUGCGGCCCUUCUUUAGACCUUUCUUUAUUAGCAGUUGAUGUUCAAGGAUACUACAUCUAUUUACAUUAUGUUGGGGGGCACUGCUGACGGUUGCAAUUUUUCCGCCAAUUCGUGCAACCGUUUAAAUUGAUUCUCGAAUUUAGUGGCAGUAAUGUGAGUAGGUGUUUUAUGUACCUGCUGAUUAUGUUUUAUAUCUAUGAUGAAGAAUAUCUAGAGUUUUGUCAGCUAUUAUCGGUUUUUUUCGCUCAUCCACCUGUCAGUAUAUGAUUUGGCUUUAGCGAUGUCGCUUUUUAAUUUCCUGAGUUAUCAAGCCUUUGGUUUUGACUGUUUUGGUCGUUUUAUUUUUACUAUCAAUUUGCGGGGAUAUAAACUUCUUAAACUUUUGUGAACCACGAAUAUUUAAAUAAGUUAUGAUAUCGUUAGUGAAUGACAAUUAGUUGUGUAUCAAAGAUUGCAAUUUUAUUGUACUAUUUUAUUUGUGCAAAUUUAUAUUACUCUCCAAUAGUAAAACAGUAUUUGAAAAUCUUUUAGCAAAAUUUUUCCAAAUUCUAAAUCCGUGAACAUCUAAUGGUUGUAUUUUCCCUGUAGUACCUUUAGGCAUAAUCAUAGUAACAUUCUUCUUAUCGAUUUAUGGACUGGACAUUGUCUCAAUAUUAUUUCAGAUUUAACACCUCCGGGAAAAAUGUUUAGAAAAUAAACUUCUAAUCAUACUUUAAAAUAAUCUGUAAGAAAUGUAAAUUUUAUUUUAAUAACUUUUUUUACGUAUAGUGGGAUCGUAAUGGGAUCGCUAAUAGCAGCUUGGGAUAGAUAAUAGUUUAGUUACUAUGCCGUAUAUUUAUUUUUUAAAUCUAACUGAUAUAAUCGGCGAAUCGUAUCUUUUAUGAUUCUGUAACUGGACUAAGCAUGGAAUCGAUUGGAUAUCCUAGACACCUCGGAAUCUUGAGAAUACACUUGAUAUUUCUGUCUGUAAUAUGGUCGCCACUUGUUUUAACCGUAAACAAGAAGAAUAAAUCAUUAUUGUUCAAUUUAAUCUUGCCAGUAAUUUACAAGAAUGUCUUUAGAUUUUUUCCUGCCGUAUAAUCUCUGUUUGUACGGUUUUUUCUUGUUUAUUAUUAUGUUUCUCUUUUUGGAGAACGCUCUUCUGAGGAUAAAUUUUUUUAUAGAUAAAAUAUCUAAUACCUUGCUUGAAGCUGACGAUUUGCCAUAUAGUUCCUUCGUAAUUGCUGAAAUUUCCUCGGUAGGUUAUCAACCUUGGUUUUGGCUGUUUUGAUGGUUUUAUUUUUAUCGUUGGUUUGCGCUGAUAUAAAUUUCUUAAACUUUUCCUUGUGAUAUCUACGGUUAUUAUUGGUUUCACCGAAUCAGGAUUCGCAAUAAUAUUUGUUAAUGGUAUUCCAUUUAUUUAAUAUUAAUGGAGUUAUAACUUUGCUUUUGGCUUGCGUUUGCAGAAAAUGUUUUUACGUGAAAAUGAUUUUUAUUUGUGUUUGAAAUAUAGAAGUCAGCGCGCGCGAGUUGCGAGACGCUCACGGGAGCCGCGUGAACUUACUAUGCUUACUAAUACCAUUACAUUUAUGUUUAAUCCAAUCAUUUUGCACUGGUAUACCUUUGACUAUGGUAUGACUAUUUGUUAUAUAAAAUAAUUAAUUAACGAAUAUAAAAAGGAUUACAAAAGUUUAAUGCUAUUUUCUUUACUACAAUUUAUUAACGUGUUUUUAAUUUACUUUGUAACUUAAUUUUGUACUUUUUAUAUUAGAAACUCAAAAGGAAUGUCACGAUUUUUUGUCCACGAUUUUUCGAUGGUGCGUGCGAAUACCUCGAGACAAUUCCUUAAAUUCCGCACGAUAUAUUAAAAUCAAUAUAAAUUGUAUUUUAUUAAUGAUCUCAAUUUGACGUGUAUGGCGCGAUAGCAGCCAGUAAACACAAUCAUUAUGCGAUCUUAAAUAUAUCAAUUUAUUAUUAUUACUAUAAUUUAUAAAUUUUUUUUCACAUACUAAUGUGUCAGAAAAUUUCUUGAAAGCCAAUUUUCUAUAAGGAAACUCUGUCAAAAUUAUUUUUGGUAAUAGAUACCUUACAAAUUUGCGAGAUGUCAUAUUGUCGCUCUCGAAUCGCACAUUAAUGACAACCGCCCCAUAUUUUAUAGGCACUCACGAUACUGCACCUGCGUCGGAAAAGUUAACGUCACGGCAGAUGACGAAUCUCGAGCACAAGAAGUCGUGCGACAUAACAUAACCUUUCGACCGAUUGGCCGCGGCUAACACAUAACACACGCGAAUUAAAAGGGUAGAAAAUUCCUCAUAAGAUGGUUGAAAC